CCGCGCUUUUUUGUGUCAUCUGUCGUAAUUAAAUUAAAUUUCGAACGUUGAAAAGGUAGUGCGUAGAAAGUCGAAGAAAUAAUUAUAUAGGUAUUGCCCUUUGUUUAGGCAAAUAAAAGCGUAAAGUAUAAAAAAUGCCUGCACAUGAUAUUACAGCGAAGAACAAAACGAAAUCCAAGACCAAAAGCAAACGCGCGGGUCUCACGUUUCCUGUGGGCAGGGUGUACAGGAUUCUGCGUAAGGGGAAGUAUGCUCCUCGAGUUGGUUGUGGAUCUGCAGUGUAUAUGACCGCGGUGUUGGAGUAUCUGUCUGCAGAAAUACUGGAGCUUGCUGCGAAGGCUGCCACUGACAAUGGUAGAUCCAGGAUUUUGCCGAGGCACAUAAUGUUGGCCGUGGCAAAUGAUGAUGAACUUGACAAAAUGCUCCGCGGCGUCACCAUACCUCAAGGAGGAGUCAUGCCCAAGAUCCAUACACAGCUUCUGCCCAAGAAAACCAAGAAUAGUAGCAAAGCCCAGACUAUUGGAAGCUCAAAAGUUCUAUCUCAAGAGUACUAAAAAUAUUUUUAUUUAAGUUAGGUACUUUAAGGAUCAUUUUGGUAGGUUUUUGAUUGAUAAUAAUAUUAACUGUGAAGUGGCAACCAACACUAUCUUGGUUUACCUUUGCCAGAUAAAGGAAAAAAACUUGUAUCUUUCAGCUAAAUAUUUUAUAUUCCUGCCAGUGUAGGUGAAGCCUGAAGCCAUGCUUGUGUAUUUCAAAUUUUUGUUACAACUAGGCAACUGUCAUAAACUGACACUGCAGAGUAUGACGUGAAAUCAUUAAUUUGAGAUAGGAUGUGGUGCCAGUUCACGGUCGAUAUAUUGUUAUCUUCUGAAACAAUAUUAUUUUCCAUUAUUGUGAUAUGUAAAUUAAUUAACAAAGAUAAUGGCACUGAUUCUGAGCACUAAAUUUGUGAAACAAAAAAAAAAAGACUUAAACUUGACUUUAGGUGUCAGUCGC